AUGGCGCCCAACACGACCAAAGACGAAGCCGUCCACCAUACCGAGCAUUUCGAAAAAGGGCUCGCCUCGUCGACUAGCUCGUCAGAUGCCGUCGACCGCAAACUCGCAGCAAAACUGCGCCAUCGCGUGGACUGGCGCCUUAUCCCAGCUCUCGGAGCCAUGUACGGCAUCUCGCUCAUGGACCGGAAGAACGUCUCCAACGCAGCUGUAGCCGGUAUGCUGAAAGACCUCAAUAUGAGUCGCGGCAUGGGCUACAACUUCGUCAACCUCUGCUUCUUCAUCACAUAUGUGCUCUGCCAGCCUUUCAUGAUCAUCUUAUGUCGCAAAAUCGGGCCUCGAUACUUCUUGCCUGGAAUAUGCAUCGCAUGGGGCGCGGUAAUUGUUGGCUUUGGAUUUACGAACAACUGGCCGAGUUUGAUUCCGUUGAGGUUGGUACUGGGAUUGUUGGAAAGUGGCUACUUCCCCGGAUUAUCGCAUCCGCUCUUUCAGGCAUUCUUGCGUAUGGACUGCAGCAGAUGGAAGGCGUGCAGGGCAUUCGAGGAUGGCGCUGGUAAAGACCACUCGUUUACCUUCGCCACAUCAGCCGUUCUAAUGAUUUUCAGGAUCUUCAUCAUGGAAGGUGUUAUCACCGUCGCCGUCGCGCUAUUCUCCAUAACCUUCAUCGUCAAAUUCCCGGAUGAAGAAAAGACAAAGCCAUCAUGGGGCUUCCUAAAACCCCACGAGCUCGAUGUUUUGAUCGAUAGUCUUAAUGCCGACCGUGGAGAUGCAGGUGCAGAGAAAUUUUCGUGGAAGAAGUUCCUCGAGCCGGCAAAGGAUUGGUACAUUUAUGCAUUUGCCCUGAUCCUUCUUUUCGUAACGACGAUAGCAUACGGCUUCGCUUUCUUCCUACCCAUCAUCCUAUCCACGAAGCUCAAGUUCAGCAUGGCCAUGAGCCAGUGCCUUGGUGCGCCACCAUACGCAGCGUCCGGUUUCCUGAUGUACGGGGCUGCAUGGUUCAGCGACAAGUAUAAAACGCGAGGUCCAGUCCUGUGCUUCUUGUGCCUAGUCUCACUCGUUGGUCUGCCCAUCAUGGGCUUUGCGAAAAACCCCUGGGCCCAAUACGUGGGUGUCUUCAUCACCGUAUCCGGGACUAACAGCGCGAUACCAUCAGUCAUGGCAUAUCAAGCAAACAACAUCCGAGGACAGUGGAGGCGUGCAUUCUGCUCGGCUUCGUUGACCGGUAUUGGUGGUAUCGGAGGAAUCGCUGGAGCGCUUAUAUUCAGGACAGAAGAUGCGCCGUCCUAUGUACCGGGCUUCGCAGCAUGCAUGGCAUGCAAUGUUCUGGUCAUAAUACUGGUCGGUAUUCUAACAAUUUACUUCAGGAGUGAGAAUGCGAAAGCAGACCGCGGAGAGAAGGUGCUAUUAGAAGACCCAAACUUCCGCUUCACCAUCUAG